AUGAUGGCCCCUAGUAUCAGAAGCAGUCUGUUCAGGACUGGUGCUCUAACUUUUAUUCUAUCUAUGUUAAACUAUGCAACGAGUACUCCCGAUACACAGACAAGUACAUCUUCCAUCUCCUAUAAUUCAUUCAAUUUGUAUAGAAUUCCAUUAGCAGGGAUGGCGCUAUUUUAUUCAACAAAUAAAUCUAUCGGUUUCAAUUUAACUAUCAUUUAUACUGUAUUGAUUGAAGCAUUUUGUGCUAUGAUAGUGAAUUUUUUCACCAUUCCCAAUGUAUGCCAAAAUGUAGAACAAGAACUCCUUGCUAUCCGUUGUUUCCUAGGUGUAGCAAAUUUCUGCGGUUCGAUCUUUACAGGAUUAUUUGUUGUCUAUGUAGUGAGUUAUUACGUUAAACAUCCCGACUUCUUUAGACGUGAGGGAAGUGGAAAUGAAGCUAUUGCUGAUGACGAUGACGAUGAAGAACAAAAUAUCGGUAUGUCACCUUCGGAUACAUUCACACCAAAUGAAGACGUUACUGCUCAUAACAUUUUCCAUCCUUUCAAAUUUAUUGAUAUUCCAACAGGGAUGUUACUACUUGUUUCAGGAGUUAUACUUCAUUUGUAUGGAUUGGUUGAUUUUGUAAGUGAUAUUUAUUCGAUAAGAAUAAUGUUGUUUAUUUAUUGUCUUUCAAGAAUUAUAAAUGAUACUUCUUUAUUGGUUAUAAUUUUGGUAAAACUCUUAGGAAGAGAAUGGGAAGUAUCUGUACAUUUAUAA